AUGAGGACGCAUUUUGUUGUCGGCCGACGGAGCGAAUUUAUCUGCUCGUCGGACUAUCCGACGCUGGAGGGUGACAGAAACUUCGCUCACAUUCUCAAAGAGGACCUGGAGAGGGCCGAUGACAGCCCCAUGACGCCGUCGGAACAGCCGUCCUCGGUCUUUUCCAGUAGUCAAGACGACCCAUUUAGGGAAGAGGCAGAAGAUGCGGCGGCGAGAGACGAUGAUCUGCCGGCCGACGAUGACGACAUGACUGACGCCGAGAUUGAGGCCGAUCUGGAGGCGAUCGAGGCAGCAGGCGAGGUGUUGCACACCAGCACCCCAAAGGUCAGUGGUGCCGGUAAUGACCAACUUGUCUUCGCGCCGGACGCCGAGGAGGUCGGUGUUGCCGAGCGUCAGUCGAACUCGCCUGGCAACAGCGCCAGCAUCACUCCACGCCCUCGGAGUCCGGAGACGGGACUGGCUCAGCCGCGUCGCAAGAUCGGCGUGGGCCUGGCCAGCCUGCAACCGCAUCCGCCACAGGCCAUGGCUGUAGGCGACCAGUCGACCGAGGCCAUCCUCACGGAGGCUGCCCGACGCCUCGAGGCGCAGGCCAAACUGAUGGCCAAGUCGGGGUCGGCCGGAGGAGGACAUGGCCACCACCGGCACGGGCAGAGCCAUAAUCGUCGGCUGAUCAGCUUUAAGCAGGGCGAUCCGGAGCAGAUACCGAACGCCAUGUUCGAGCAUGAGGAGGUCGAGAACGGAUCCGGCGAAGUGAUUCGCUCCGGUAGCAUCACAAGUCUGCCAGCUCGCCGUCGCCCCUCAGAGGCGCCAGAAGAGGCGGAGGAGCGUUUUGAUGAGAAGCCCGAUUCUGAGUUCGAGUCCGCCAGAGGCCCCGCUCAGUCCAGUCCUCCGCCGCCACUGUCGCCGCCGCCGGGCCGGGCAGUUGGUCAUUGCGAAAUGGCGAGGCCUCGAUCACCGGCGUCUACCAGCCUCGGACAGACA